UCUUACGCAGUUAAAAAACAUUCAUCUUUACAAAUAAACCCCAAUCUCUACGCUGAACACACGCAGUGCUUGAAAUACAAAAGGAUUGAUAACCCUGUCUUUCGACGUAUUUGCUUUGUUUUUUUACCACUCAACACCCACGCUGUACGGAAGGGAAAUACCUCAUUAUUAUUUGUUCUGCAAGCCUGCGUCGGAACUUCCUAUUUGAAUAAUUUCGUUUACGAAUUACGAAAGGUCGAAUAUGAUGACUUCUAGCAUUUCUUUCGAUGACUCCUAGAGACUCCUUCGACGUUCGAGAGAAAGGUGUUAUCUGGAUUUUUUCGUUGUGCUUAGUAAAACUUGUAGCACGCGGUAUCUUGUCCUAGUGAGCACAGCUUCGUGUCUGAAACAGGUAAGAUGGCAACCAACUUUAUUAUACAAACUACUAUAACUCAAUUAUAAACUUCAAUUGUAAAUACUCAUAAGAUGAUGGAACUUCAAAGGUUAAUCCCCUGAUUUUUCUAGUAUUAUCUCCAGGAGUGUUUACUCACUCAUUCUACGCUCCUAGACCAGAUCUAAAUCUAGCUUUAAACUUGAUUUUAAAUUGACUUUGGCGAUGCCUUGCAUGGUCACGAUUCUCAGGAAAUCUUGCAUGGUUUAUGAGAACAGGCGACUCAUAUUUUCAAUAUUUUCCAUCAGUGAAAACGACUUAUUCACAACAAUUGCGAGUUAGUGGAACUCAACAGAUGCUAGCCUAUGUUCAUUUUAUAUAAUCAGACAUCCGGCUAUACGAUGCCUUUUAUUGCUGUCUAUUAUUCAUAUUAGCAAUUCAUGACAGGAGAAAAAUGCUGCCACUGUUGUAAACUGGAUGGCUCUACAUUUUAGUAAAGAACUGAUGGAUUUUAAGGAAGAACUAAAACUUAAAUCGUCUAUUAUCGGCGGAUUUCUUCAGUUGUUCUGAAAUCAAUAAAAAAAUAGUUUGCUGCUUGGGUCCCAACAGGUAUUACAGUUUCGAUCUUUCUUUUUCGAUCUUUAAAUAUUCGAGCUAUCUUGUUAGGUAUGCUAUCGUUUUAACAUAUUUCUCGAAAAAAUGGCGUGUCCAUGACGAUCACCAUUUAUAUAGCAUUGAGUGCUUCAUACUUGAGAGUUGAGAAUGUGAAAAGAUUAAAGUAAUACGCAGCAGGUGAAGAAAUCUAUCAUCACCGGAACAGUUCAAGAAAACAGGGCAACUUUAAAGACACUCUUCGCCGGAGUUCUUCUCAUAAAGAAAUGGAGAAUACACUUGGGCCUACAAACGAAAGUCUGUUGGAUACAACGACGAGCAAGUCAAGCUAUCAUAUGGAUUACGGAGCAGUACUUGCAGCUGCUGUAUUUGAAAUCAUCAUCAGUCUCGUAGGAACAGUUGGGAACCUCUUUACUAUAAUAGCCGUCCUGCGUAAUCGUAAUCUCCAAUAUGCCACCAAUUAUCUUAUCGUAUCCCUCUCCGUCGCUGAUAUCCUCGUGUGUACCAUACUAGUCCCUAUGCGUGCCUCUCAACAUAUUGCUUACCAAUACGACUCGAGUAUACCGAAGACCUUCGUCGAAGUUGCAGGAUUUGUUGGAAGGAUCAACAUUAUUGCAUCUAUAUCAACUCUAGUCUGCCUAAGCGUUGAUCGGUAUCUGGCGUUGUCGAGACCCUUGAAGUAUGCUACCUCGAUACGCUACAAUCUUUGGAAAGUCCUUGCAGUCAUAACGACCAUAUGGUGUUUAGCUAUAUUCAUCACAAGCAUUCCUAAAUUUCCCGGUGUCUCUGAUACGCCGUUUCUCAUUUUCUUCAUCGUGUUCGUGCUCACAGCGACCUUGGUGAUAUGCGUGACCUAUUAUCAAAUUUUUCAUAUUAUCGCAAAAACCGUUCGGAAGAUGGGAAAGCCGAUACGAUACAGCAAUAACUUUCAACCAAGUUCACAAACCUUCCAAAGUCGCGUCGCCAGAAAAGCCAGCAAAAUCAGUUGCGACAAUGUUGUUAUAGAGAACGAAGGAAACAUAAAUGCUGCUACGUCAAGUAACACCAUUGACUCUAAUGUCUCGGACAAAAACUUAGAUAAAAGAUCUCCUGGAAAAACCUCGUCCACGGAAAAUAAGCCUUCUUCUAAAGUCGCACCAGACUCCUCAACGCGCGUCGCUCCGUUUUCCCGCGAAGACCGCAAGGCCGCAAAGACUGUUGGGUUAGUAAUCGCCGCAUUCAUUUUGCUUGUCUAUCCAAGGAUUAUAAUGAUUUUGUAUCAUUUUGGCAACAACGAAAGCGCAAGCUCCAAAGUCGCCAGAUUCUGGAUGCGUGUGUUUCUCUACGCUAAUUCAGCGGUAAAUCCCGCGUUUUAUGCAUACAGACACAAAGGUUUUCGCAAAGAGUUCAGGCGGAUGGGGUUACAGUGCUUGGGACUGGGACGAGCCAUUCGCGAGCGUUACACAACAGUUUUGAAACAGGACAAUACAAGAUCUAGAAGUACUACUUUUGACAUGUAGAAAUAUUCUAAUGUUUCCAGCCUAUAGUCGGAUUAGAGUUGACGAGACUUUUCGCUCGUGUUCACCUUUCUAUGUUUCAACGGAUGAGAACUUUCAAUAUAUAUAUUUCAAUAUAAUAUCCAGUCAAGUUUUGGCUUUGUUGCCUCUUGAAAGACUCUGAAAAUGAUAUAGAUUAGGCGCUUCCUGCAGUCAGUGCUUAAUUUUUAUCGUAUUUAUUUUGGACAGUUUGCCAUUUUAGAAAAUAAAUGUUCCUCUAACUGUGCAAGUCAUGAUUUAUUUUAUUAAAACAUUUCAAAACUAGCCUUCCAACGGAAUUCACCUCCAGUCUA